UGAUGAACUGGAAUUUUUUUUCUUGAUAAGUAGAAGCUUAUCGGUAUAAUUUUCUAGAGCCGCUUUAAGUCACUGCGCAGGAGAGGUUAAAGUGGCGGCCCGCCUUCCCCCUUCUGGUCUCCCGAUGUGAAUCUUUUGCUUAGCCAGUCCGUUCUCCGACAACCUAGUAUUGUUGCAAAUCCCCUGCCACACCAGCGUCCGGCAUCCAUUAACCAUUCUUGCUGGGCUGGCCAGCUUGAGCACGAUGGUAUCUCAAUUCUGCUGGGGCUGCCUUUCGGGGUUUCGCCAAACCCCUCGAGCGCUUCUGCCACGCGCCCAGCUACCAACACCCUCCUUAACGCCGUCUGCAGCCUCGUUCCAUACCUCCGCGGUCAGAUAUGCCAAUCCGUUGAACAGAAAGACCGCCAGCCGGGACAACGCACCCAAGUUCCGUGAAUCGAAAUCUGCUCGCAUGAGGAAGAACAAGAAGCCCGUCGAUCGUGGCCGUCCGCCCGCCGUGGGCGAACGUAAGGCGCUUCGGAAACGCAUUGUGUUGAGCAAUACCAACGCGCUCGAGGUUCAGGGCAUGCAGGAGUUUUCUAAUGAAACGAUUGUCGAUUCUCGGCUUCGGGGUGCUGUAGUCGGGCUUCCGGUGCCUAUAGUGUCGCAGUUGAGAGCGGUUCAGGCAUUCAAGCCUACGCAGGGUUGGUCUCUGUUUCGUCGCCCAGCGGUGGUCCUCAGACGAGAAACUCUGGAAAUGGGCAAGGUUUUUGAAAAUAUCACGGAUGGCGGCGAUAAAGGAAAAGUUGUGAAGAAAAUCAUCAUCGGGCCAAGAGGUUCAGGGAAAAGUGUACAGUUGUUACAAGCCAUGGCAAUUGGAUUCUUGAAGAAAUGGGUGGUGAUUUCUAUUCCAGAGGCCCAAGAUAUGGUGACUGCAAACUCAGCGUAUGCGCCGAUCGCGGGCUCCCAACCAGUCCAAUAUGUUCAAGACCAACUGACAUCUGCUCUCCUGUUGCGAACUUCACUCGGAAAUGAAGAUGUUUUGUCGAAACUCCAUGUCUCAUUGAAACAUCCAGAACUGAAACAUCUGAUCCGCCCAAAAAUGACUUUGAACGAACUCCUUCGACUGGGUGUGCAAGAUACAUCGAUCUCCUGGCCCGUGUUCAAUGCAUUCUGGGCCGAAAUGAAUGCGACCAGUGGACCGGAAGGAUUUCAGACUCGUCCUCCUCUUUUGGUGGCCGCAGAUGGCAUUGGCCACUGGAUGCUGGAUUCAAAAUAUCGCAACCCGGAAUACAAGUUCAUCCACGCUCAUGAUUUCGCUCUUGUUAAACAUUUCUUGUCUUUACUGCGCCCUGGUAGCUCACAAUCAGCCCUUUCCAAUGGCGGGAUUUUGUUGUACUCCACCUCGGCUUCAAAUAAACCUUCUACCCCUACCUUCGAUUUAGCAUUACAACAGCUAGCUUCUCGCCGGAGUGGUGUUUCCGAGUCAUCGCCUGAAUUUCCUCGAGCAGACCCUUACGACCAGAUUGAUAACCGCGUUGUUGAUAUUUUCAAACCAUCCGCUACAAGGUCAGCUACUGAGGAUGCACUUGACCUACAGAUUCUCGGUGGGCUCAGCCGCGAUGAAGCUCGUGGUUUGAUGGAAUAUUUUGCACGCAGCGGCAUCCUUCAAGAACGAGUCUCGGAGGAUUGGAUUGGCGAGAAAUGGAGCUUGGCUGGAGGUGGCCUUGUCGGUGAGAUGGAAAAGCUGGGGAGUAGACUGAAGACUGCAUUGUAAGGACCUGGAGUCUUGGAUUGUAUCAUUAAUAUAAACCUUUUCUUCCCAAUUGUGUUCAUUUGUGUACGCAUAUGUUUUACUCGCUUCAUCUCAAUGCUAUGACAGUAUACAUAUUCACUGCAAGCGAUUGUUGAAUUACAAUCAAACCUCCUACAUGUAAAUUUCCGAAUAAUCACUGCACAAUUGCUUCGCUCAAUAGAAUACACUGGCAAAUAAAAUAGAGUUCGC